CUUGUGACAUCCACUUCUAACCCCGACCAAAUAAUAGCCCAUGAACAAAACAUACAAAGUUCCUUUCAUCAAUGCCUGCUCAUUCUUUAUUUCUCUUGUUCCUUCUCCUUAGUGCUACCCAUCCAUGUCCCCUGAUCCUAACAGAGGCCGCCGGUGGCAGGUGGCAACUUCUGCAGAAAAGUAUUGGCAUAACAGCUAUGCACAUGCAGCUCCUCAACAAUGACCGUGUAGUAAUCUAUGAUCGAACAGACUUUGGCCGCUCAAAUCUAUCUCUACCAGAAGGAAAGUGCCGGCAUGAUCCUAACGAGCUCGUGCUCAAAACUGAUUGCACUGCUCACUCGGCGGAGUAUGAUGUUUUGAACAACACAUUUCGGCCUCUUAUGGUCCUCACCGACGUUUGGUGUUCUUCCGGUGCUGUAAUGUCCAAUGGGAGCCUGAUUCAAACAGGUGGUUUCAAUGACGGUGAUCGUAGGAUCAGAGUUUUCACGCCAUGCAGUGACUGCGAUUGGGUAGAGGUGGGAGAUGGGCUUAUUGCAAGAAGAUGGUAUGCGACCAACCAUAUAUUGCCAGAUGGUAGUCAAAUUAUUAUCGGUGGGAGAAAGCAAUUCAACUACGAAUUUUAUCCUAAAAAUGGUGCUCCAAAUUUGUAUAAUUUGCCAUUUCUUGUUCAGACUAAUGAUCCUGGGAUCGAGAAUAAUCUUUACCCAUUUGUUUUUCUCCAUAUUGAUGGUAAUUUGUUCAUUUUCGCAAAUAAUCGAGCGAUAUUGUUCGAUUACAAGGGCGGUAAGGUGGUGAAAACUUACCCAACAAUCCCUGGAGGUGACCCACGGAGCUAUCCAAGCACAGGUUCUGCGGUCUUGCUUCCAUUGAAGAACUUGCAAGGAACAGAACUUGAGGCUGAAGUUUUGGUUUGUGGAGGUGCACCAAAAGGUUCCUAUAUCCAGGCCACAAAAGGUGACUUCGUUAAAGCAUUAGAUACCUGUGGGCGGAUCAAGAUAACCGAUUCGAAUCCACAAUGGGCCAUGGAGAGCAUGCCUUAUGCCAGAGUCAUGGGUGACAUGAUACUGCUUCCAAACGGCAACGUUUUGAUCAUCAACGGUGCUGGAGCUGGUUCUGCUGGAUGGGAAUUGGGGCGGAACCCAGCAUUGAACCCAGUCAUAUACAGACCCGAUGGGAAAGCUGGCUCAAGAUUCGAGUCACAAAACCCAACCACCAUUCCAAGAAUGUAUCAUUCCACAGCAAUUUUGCUGAGGGAUGGAAGGGUUCUUGUUGGUGGCAGCAACCCUCACGUAGACUACAACUUCACAACACCCUUGUUUCCAACUGAAUUAAGGUUAGAGGCAUUUUCUCCUCCAUAUUUGGAUACAGAAAAUAACAAUUUGAGGCCAAAAAUUGUGUCUCCAUCAUCCAAAGCUACAAUUGGGUACGCAAAGAAACUAGUAGUACGGUUCCAGGUGGGAGGCACACUAGCUGAGAAACUGGUGUCGGUGACAAUGGUGUCACCUUCAUUUACAACACAUUCCUUCUCUAUGAACCACAGAUUGUUAUUUCUUGGGAACGAGAAAGUGACAAAUGCAGGAACGGCGACGUAUGACAUUCAGGUGACCACCCCACCUUCGAAAAACCUUGCGCCGUCGGGAUAUUACCUGUUAUUUGUUGUUCAUCAGGAUAUUCCAAGCGAAGGCAUUUGGGUCCAAAUAAGGUGAUAUUUUGCAUCUGUUAUACAUAUAAUUUUCCUACACGUAUAUUAUUUGUAACCAAAUAAAUUAGUUCCUGUACACUUAUGUAGGUAAUUGUAAUUAUCGUUACAUAGCAUUGGGUUAUGAAGAUUGUAAUUAGUUAAUAAACAAAUAAAUUACUCCCUUUGCAUUAGUUUUUUUAAA